AUGGAUUCUCGUCUUCGACCUUAUAUUAUUCGAUUUGGAUUUUAUGGUGUAUACCGUAUUGGACACAUUACACUAGAUUGGGGAUUGAUCACUAGUCUAGUUGAGAGAUGGCGUCCUGAGACACACACAUUUCACUUACCUGUUGGGGAGAUGACCAUUACUUUACAGGAUGUUGUUGUCAUAUUAGGACUUUGUAUUCAUGGGCUUCCCGUCACUGGCACAUGUGACAUAGAUUGGUCACUGCUAUGUUAUGAACUUUUAGGAGUGACUCCCCCUACAUAUGAGAUUAGAGGAUCAGCGAUAUCGACACGAUGGCUAUGUCACCACUUCUCUCAUCCACCAGUUGAUUUAGAUGAUGCCACAUUAGAGCGGUAUGCACGAGCUUUCAUAUUAGGACUCAUAGGUUCAACGCUAUUUACAAACAAGAAGGGUACCCACAUCCAUAGGUGUUAUCUCCCACUACUUAGAGACUUGACUCGGACAUCUAUGUAUAGUUGGGGCAGUGCAGUAUUAGCACGCCUAUAUAGGGAGUUGUGUCGAGCGAGUUUGUAUGGUGCCACCAAUAUUGCUGGAUGUGUCACACUAUUACAGUUGUGGUCUUGGGAGAGACUCCACGUGGGUCGCCCCCAUUUUGGUCAACUACUAGCCCUUCCAGUAGCUCAGCAUUUAGAGCAUGAUGCAACUGAUGAUUUACCAGUUGAGUAG